AUGGAACCCGCCACGAUACCUAUCGCCAUUGUUGGCAUGAGCUGCCGCUUCUCUGGCGGAGCUGAUAGCCCGGAGAAACUUUGGGAACUACUUGCAGAGGGACGCAAUACCUGGACCAAGGUCCCUGAAUCCCGCUAUAAUCAGACCGCAUUUUACCACCCUGAGGGCACGAGAGCAGGCGUCUCUAACGCUCAGGGCGCUCACUUCCUCGAGCGGGAUGUCUCCCACUUUGACGCACCGUUUUUCAGCUUCCCUGCUGAGGUAGCAGAGUCCAUGGAUCCACAGCUGCGCAUGCAGCUCGAAGGCGUUUAUGAGGCUUUGGAAAGCGCCGGCAUUCCUAUGGAACAAUUUGCGGGGAGUAAGGCGUCGGUCUUUGCAGGGGCGUCCUUCCGGGACUACCACGACACGCUGAUGCGUGACCCUGACUUCCUCCCACGGUACUUCCUCACCGGCAACGGCGCCGCCAUGGGUGCCAAUCGGAUAUCCCACUUCUACGAUUUACGUGGUCCCAGCAUGACGGUGGAUACAGGCUGCUCGACAACCCUGACGGCGCUGCAUCUGGCGUGUCAGAGUCUUCGGGCAGGGGAUUCCACAACCUCAGUGGUCACGGGCUCCAACAUCAUGCUCAACCCAGACAUGUUUGAGACAUUGGCGAGCGUCGGGUUUCUGGGCUCCACGGGAAAAUCCUUCGCCUUUGACGACCGCGCACAGGGGUACGGCCGCGGAGACGGUGUUGCCACCAUAAUCAUCAAACCCCUGUCGGAUGCCGUGAGGGACGGCGAUCCCAUUCGGGCGGUCAUCAGGCAGACGGCGCUGAACCAGGACGGCCACACGCCGACUCUGACGUCGCCCAGCAAGGAGGCCCAGGAGGAACUCGUCCGCUCGUGCUACCGGUCUGCCGGCCUCGACCCCCUCGACACGACCUACGUGGAGGCUCACGGGACGGGCACCAAGGUUGGCGAUCCCAUCGAGGCGGAGGCGCUCAGUUGCGCGCUGAACAGGGACAGGCCGGUCGAUGAGCCCUUGCUGAUCGGCUCGAUCAAAUCUAACAUCGGCCACGCGGAAACUGCGAGUGGGCUGGCAAGCAUCAUCAAGGUGAGCCUGGCGCUCGAGAAGGGGAUCAUACCGCCUAAUGCGGACUUCCGCACACCGAAUCCCGCGAUCCCAGUCAGGGACUGGAAAAUCAAGAUCCCAACCUCGUUGACGCCCUGGCCCGGCACUAGCCAGUACCGAAGAGCCUCAAUAAACAAUUUCGGCUAUGGAGGAUCUAAUGCUCACGUAAUCUUGGAGGCAUACUCGUCGACCAGCCUUUCCGUCAAAGCUUAUUCCAACGGUUGCAAGGGGAGUGAUGUCAACGGCCGCGUCAAUGGCCACGCCAAUGGCCACACCAACGGCUCCACCAACGGCCACCAUGCCGAUGUGCCGCUGCCAAGAGUCUUGGUUCUCAGUGCCAAGGAUGAGAGGGGCACUCGUAGAAUGAUGGAGGACCUCGCGGGGUACCUGGAGAAGAAGCAGGUGAAAGAUGACGAAGAGCUUCUGAGAGAUGUGGCGUUCACUUUGGGCCAACGGCGUUCCCGGUUUCCAUGGACAGCCGCGGUUCCAGCCGCGAGCAAGUCUCAACUCAUACAGUCACUUCAGGAUGGCCUGGCCACUGUUUCCAGAUCAUCCAAACAACCUAGGUUGGGAUUUGUCUUUACGGGACAGGGGGCACAAUGGCACGCUAUGGGCAGGGAGCUGAUCGAGGCGUAUCCUGUGUUCAAAGAUGCUCUGCUCGAGGCAGAAAGGCACAUCCGCAGCUUUGGUGCAAGUUGGAAUCUUCUCGAGGAGCUUAUGCGGGACGAGAAGACCACCAUGGUCAAUGUCGUGACGCACAGCUUGACCAUCUGCACGGCACUUCAGCUUGCGCUGGUGCGGCUACUGCGUUCAUGGAAUAUUAAGCCAGCAGCAGUUACCAGCCAUUCCAGUGGAGAAGUUGCUUCAGCAUACGCUGCUGGUGCCCUGGACUUCAGAUCUGCUCUCGCCAUCUGUUACCUACGAGGCACCAUGGCGACUGAUUUCAAGUCCCGUGCUGGUGGCAUGCUCGCAGCUGGUCUGGGGCGUGCCGAAGCAGAAGAGUACAUUGCCAAGGUCACAUCGGGCACCAUCGUUGUUGCAUGUGUCAAUAGUCCAAGUAGCGUGACGAUAUCCGGAGAUGUAGAGGCACUCGAGGAGAUCGAAGCCCUCCUCGUGGCUGACAAGGUGUUCGCGCGUCGUCUGACCGUCCAAGCGGCCUACCACUCGCCCCAGAUGCAGCCAUUUGCCAAGGAUUAUCGUGCUGCCCUGGCUGAGGUCCUGCACCAGGCAGGCGAAUUCGAGGACGUUCUGUACUCUUCUCCGGUCACGGGAGGCGUGGUACAAGAUGCCUCUGAGAUUGCCCGCCCCGAGCACUGGGUCAAGAACAUGGUGCAGCCGGUUCUGUUCACUGAUUCCCUGACCAACAUGUGUCAGGUCAACGGAAGUCAAAACAUUGACACCAUCAUUGAAAUUGGCCCUCACAGUGCCUUGCGAGGUCCCAUGCGCCAAACUUGGUCAGAGCCGGAAUUCAAGGGCAUGCAGUUCUCGUACACGUCGUGCUUGGUCCGCAAGCAGGACGCUGUUCAGACAAUCCAAGCUUUGGUCUGUACGUUGAUCAAUCAAGGCUACCCAGUUGACUUGGGGUCUGUCAAUUUCCCCACGUCUCGGCAUGGGCUGCGAGUUCUCACCGACCUCCCAUCAUACCCUUGGAACCAUGGCCAGCGUUAUUGGGUCGAACCUCGAGUCAACAAAGAGCGGAGGCUUCGUGUCGAGGGACCGCGAGGCGUCCUUGGUGUUCCUGCCGUGAGUUACGAUCCAUCCACCUCGACGUGGAGAAGUGUGAUCCGCUCAUCGGAAUUCUCUUGGCUGCAAGAUCACAAAAUCCAGUCAGAUAUGGUAUUCCCAGGCGCUGGGUACAUUACAAUGGCUAUUGAAGCCAUUAUGCAGACCAGGCGCUCGACUGAGGCAGCUGUCACUGGUUACAAGCUGAAAAAUGUCGAAAUUCUGAAGGCUCUUGUGGUCCCUGACACACUCGAUGGAGUAGAGAUAUCCUUAUCUCUUAGAGCCUUGAGCGACCGAGCACUAUCUGCGAAAGAAUGGCGUGAAUUUACGGUAUCUUCUACCUCUGACGAAGGUGCUGUGACAAUUCACUGCACAGGCUUGGUAGCAAUCGCAGAAGGGUCAUCCAACGGUAGCUCCAUUUCGAAUGGAUCUAACAACUACGAGACAGAUUCAGGUUUGUAUCCCUGUGAUCUUAAGCUGAUGGAGUUAUAUAAGUCUCUCCAAAGUGGUGGAAUAAACCACGGUCCUUCUUUCCAGAAAUUAGUUUCCGUUUCCUCAGGGGAAGGCUGCUCCCGAAGCACUUUUGAAACACAUGGCAGCUCCCCAUACGAGUACAGCUACCUGAUACAUCCCAUCACUCUGGAUGUAGUCAUUCAGUCUGUGUACGGUUGCCUUAUGGGACCUGAUAGGCGUAUGACGAGUGGAAUGGUUCCUCGGUCCAUUGAGUCAAUGUUCAUAUCUUCUGAGAUUAGUGGCAUGCCUGGGCAUAUGUUCAACACCACUUCAAAGCUGACUUGGCUGAAUGCCCAAGGUUUUGAGUCCUCCAUUGCAGUGGUGGAUCAAGGUCAACCCUCUUCGAAUCGUCUUGAAAUCAAUGGCCUUUUCUGCCAGAACCUUGGAGGUGCCCUUCAAACAGCUGAUUCUGAGAGUGCGGAGCCAUACUUUCGUGUCGAGUGGGCACCGGACCUAGACCUGGCGCGCCCAGAAGAUUUGAGAAUUCCCAAACAGGUCUCACAGAAGGUGACUGACAACGCAAUCUUCGAAGAGAUUAGAAAUGCUUGCUAUCAUUUUGCGCAAAACGCCCUGCAAUCCUCUAAGAAGGUAGAGUGCGACCAAGACUCUCAGCAGGGGCGUUUUUAUUCGCGACUGGAGACGCUGGCUCAGUCAGCUAAAGCAGGUGGCUGGACCCCAAACACACCAGAAGAGCAAGAGUCUCUCAUCAAACGGGUUAGCGAAUCGAGCGCCGCUGGAAAACUCAUCUGUCGCAUUGGCUCAGAGCUUGUCCCGAUCCUGCAUAACGAAGUGAAUACACUUGACUUGGUACAGAAAGAUGGGUUGCUAUCCCAGUACGAUGAGGAAUGUCUCAGACUUCCAGAUUCAUACGAGCAAGUCAAACACCUUCUACGCCUCUACUCUCAUAAAAACCCUCGAGCGAGUGUCCUACAGGUCGGCGCUAAGGCAAAUCGAUACACUGAAAUAGUGCUGGAGGCGCUCGGGGCUGGUUUGGAUGAUGGAGCGGCGGCUCGUUUCGCGCAGUACACAUUCACAGCCUCCUCACCAGAGUUAUUGCAAUUGGUUAAGGAGAGGUUCGAGGCAAUGUGUUUCCAAGAGCUUGAUAUUGAUGAAGAUCCCACAACGCAAUCCUUUGAGCAGGGCUCGUUAGAUCUUAUCGUCGCAUGCGAAGCACUCUUCAAGGCAAAAUCAGUAUCAGAAACGCUCAAGAAUCUGAAGAAACUCCUCAAGCCUGGGGGAAGGAUUUUGUUAGUUGAGCCUACGCAGGAUGAGCUGGCCUUGACCUUUGCCUUCGGUCUCCUUCCGGAAUGGUCUGGGCGAUCUUACCGUCAUGAUGACUGGAACUCCUUGCUUCGCGAGAGUGGAUUUCAUCUUGAGUUCGAUGUCUGUGAUGAGGACAACGGGGAUGUCUACGCUCUCAGCACGAUGUUUGCCAUUGCAAAAGAGAAUGAUGAAGCACUUAUAGGAAAAUAUCCCCCGAUCACAAUUCUCUAUGAUAGCCCUCCGCCCGAAAGCUGGACCAAGACGAUGAACCAAACACUCUUCAACCUUACGGGAGAAAUGCCGCAGGUUUCUCACUACAGAGACGCGCUGAUAGACGACAGACUAUGCAUCUUCGUCGCUGAAAUGAUACGACCAUUCCUGCUGAAUCCCACAACUGAAGAAUUUAACCUUGUGAAGUCGCUCUUCAACCAAUCUCAGGGAGUUCUUUGGAUUUCUCGUGGAGGUGCCAUGGAUUGCGUGGAUCCCAACUUCAGUCUGAGCGCCGGCCUAUUCCGUACAUUGAGAGCCGAGUCUACCAACAAGAGAUUCGUCACCUUAGAUCUGGACUAUAACAAGCCGGUGUGGGAUGUGAGCACCACUCAGGUGAUAUCAGCGGUGACUCAGAACACAUUCAACCUCGUACGAUCCUCCGAAUCAAUCCCCGAUUUUGAGUAUGUAGAGCGUGAUGGCAUCAUUUCUCUACCAAGACUUUUCCCUGCGCCUUCCGCCUACCAGACUGCCGCCGGGCUCGCUGACAAGCAGUACGAAAUGCAGCCCUUCUUCCAAAAUGACCGCGAGCUUCGGUUGUGCGUAGGGACUACCGGCCUUUUGGAUACACUUUCCUUCGCCAUCCAGAAUACCGAGACCCCUCUGCCGGACACCGACGUGGAAAUUCGACCCCAGGCAUUUGGACUCAACUUUCGAGAUAUCAUGGUAGCUUUGGGUCAACUUCAAACAGAUAUCAUGGGCUACGAAUGUAGCGGUGUAGUAACACGGGUCGGCGCUGCCGUUCCAUCAUCCGAACUCAAGGUCGGUGAUAGGAUCUGCGCUUUCACGCAGGGGUACUAUUCGAACGUGGUACGCGUGGACUGGACAAGAGUCCACAGAAUUCCCGAUAACAUGCCAUUUGAAGUCGCGGCUUCGGUACCCAUGGCGUUUGCUACAGGAUACUAUGCUCUCUACACCCUGGCAAACUUGCAGAAGGGCGAACGUGUCUUGAUUCAUUCUGCAGCUGGAGGCGUCGGCCAAGCUGCCGUGAUGAUGGCCCAGCACAUUGGUGCUGAGGUCUUUGUCUCGGUAGGCUCAAAGGAGAAGAGGGAAUUCGUGCAAGAAACCUACGGCGUCCUUCCUGAUCAUAUUGUGUCUAGCAGGGAUCCCUCCUUUGCUCAAGAUAUUCUCGCCAAGACAGGAGGUCAGGGUGUUGACGUUGUUCUGAAUUCAUUGGGUGGCGAACUUCUCCAGUCGAGUUUCAACUGCCUGGCUAUGUUUGGCCGCUUUGUUGAGAUUGGUAAAAAAGACUUCGAGCAGAACCGACUCCUCGAGAUGGAGACAUUCAAGAAGAACGUUUCCUUCUCAAGUAUUGAUUUGGUCCUACUUGGAAAAUACAGGGGACCGGUUUAUCGCAAUAUUCUGGCUAAUGCCAUGAAGAUGCUUGAAGCCGAAAUUCUUCGGCCCGUAUCUCCCAUUCAGACAUAUCCGAUCUCGGAUUUAGAAAACGCCUUCCGCUUGAUGCAGGCAGGUAAACACAUGGGAAAAAUUGUCAUAGUUCCGGGUCAAGAUGAUCUAGUUAUACCUCAGGAAUGGUCACUUCGUCUGGAUUCCAACAAGACAUACCUCCUAGCUGGUGGCUUGGGAGGUAUUGGAAAGUCAAUCUGCAAAUGGAUGGUAGACCGUGGUGCGAGAAACUUCAUCUUACUCACACGCAGUCAGACUACAUGUGAAAAGGCUGCACCAUUCCUUGACGAGCUCCGAGCAUCUGGCUGCCUUGCUAUUGCAAAAAGUUGUGAUUUCUCUAGCAAAGAAGAUCUCAAGGCGGCGGUGCAUGCUUGUCAAGAUUCUCUGCCUCCUAUACAAGGAGUGAUUAACUGUGCCAUGGCUCUUCGGGAUUCUAUCUUUGACUUGAUGACUUCUGAGGGUUACGUCACUGCAAUCAGUCCAAAGGUUCAGGGAUCAUGGAACUUGCACGAGAUCUUUUCGUCCACUCAACUUGAUUUCUUCAUCAUGCUAUCUUCCCUUGUCGGCGUAGCUGGCAACGUGAGUCAGGCAAACUAUUCUGCGGGCGGAAGCUUCCAGGAUGCCAUUGCUCGGUAUAGAAACGCUCGGGGACUACCUGCUGUGACCCUCGAUCUGGGCAUGGUUAGUUCUAUAGGAUACGUGUCAGAGAACGAGGCCAUAGGUACACGUUUGGCCCGUUUUGGCUUCAAGCCCUUGGAUGAGGGUGAAGUGCUGCGUCUCGUUGAAUCUGCCAUGAUUCACCCUCAUCGCCAGGUCGAUGAUUCUCACAUCGUUACAGGUCUCAUUACUGAUCUGAGCACGGUAGACCCAUCGGAUGCCUACUGGACCAAAGACCGUCGUUUCGCUGCUGUUACUCGUGCCGAUGGGCUACAGGGCAAUGGGAAGACCACCUCGGCAGACUUGAAGAGCCAACUAGCAAGUGCAUCUUCAACUGAUGAAGCCGUUGUCCUCCUCAGCACUUCGAUUGCGGAGAAAAUGUCCAAAAUGUUUUUGAUUCCGGCCGAGGACAUUAGUUCAGAUCAGUCGUUGACGCACUACGGCGUGGAUUCUUUGGUGGCUGUUGAGUUGCGUAACUGGCUUGCGUCAAACACUGGGAUGGAUCUCUCCAUUUUUGACAUUAUGCAGAGCACAUCUAUUAAAGGACUAGCUGUUCGAAUUAUAGAAAAGCGUAGUAGAGACUGA